CCCCAACCGCUCUACUCUAGUCUCUAGACCUGCUUACCUGGUUGUCUCCGAAGCUUCAAUGGCCUUGUCUGUACAAGCCCAAAGUCUCUCUUAUUUAUCUACAGUAAAAAUUACUCCUAACAUCCAUGAAAGAACAGUAUCAAGAAGAAGAGAUUCAGUGGUUGUUAGGAUGGCUGCGACUUCUUCUGAGGUGGCUGGAGGUUAUGAAGAGGGACAGCUUGAACGGCCCAAGUGGGCUGGUGAGACACCUCUCUCUCGCUUUGUUCAAGCUCUCAUUUCCUUCAAGCCUCUUUAUUCUAUACUCAAGUUUGGUUCCAGACAAGUUUUUAUCAGUACAGCAGAGAAGAAGGACAUUCCAUGGAGAGACAUGACAAGGGAGAUUCUGGAAUCUGAUGUUUAUAAGGAGUUAGAGAGUGUGCAGAACCCUUCAGUUAUAUACCCAGAUUAUUAUCUAAAUCCUUUUCAUGCAUAUGAAGAGGGCAACCUCUCAUGGCUGGCUGCAGCAGAAGCAGAGGUUGCAACAAUGUCGAUGGCGAUGCGAGCAAUACCUGAUGCUUCUUCACUGGACGAAGCCAAUCAGAUAGUGCGUGGGAAUUGGCUUCAAGCAAUCGAUCAACACCAUUUACAGUAUUCAGGGAAUUCUGGGAUCAAAGAUAUUUUAGAUAUUGGAUGCUCUGUUGGUGUGAGCACUAGAUUUCUUGCUGACAAAUUUCCUUCUGCUAAAGUAACUGGCUUGGAUCUAUCACCUUACUUUCUUUCCGUAGCGCAAUUCAAGGAAAAAAGAGCCACGAGAGAGAAUCCAAUUACCUGGAUACAUGCCAAUGGCGAAGACACAGGCCUUCUGUCCAAAUCAUUUGACCUUGUCUCCAUUGCUCUAGUGUUUCAUGAAUGUCCUGAAAGAGCAAUUGUUAGUAUCCUAAAGGAAGCAUAUCGCCUGCUUCGACCUGGAGGCACUAUUGCUUUGACAGAUAAUUCGCCCAAAUCAAAAAUCCUUCAGAUCAUGGAGAAAGAGCAUAAGGUGCCAGAUGAUCAGGAGAGCGAUGAAAUUGAGGCUCUAGAGAUCGUUCUAUUUCAAGUUUCUGAAUGUUAUGUCUAUUUGAUCCCACCCAGGAAAAGUUCUGCAUCUUACAGGGCUGAUGAGUGGAAUGUCAACAAAUGGGCAUGGGAGGGAACAUUAAAAGUCAUUAGCAAAGGAGAAGAAUGCAUUAUUAGGCUUGACGAUAAAACUACUGGUGAGCUGUAUGCACGGGCUUUUUUGAGGGAAGGAGAGCCGCAUCCAGUGGAACCUGUAAUAGAUAGCAGCAGGUAUUUUGUUCUUCGAAUAGAGGAGAGCUUUGAUGGUCGCAUUCGCCAUGCAUUUAUUGGAAUUGGUUUUCGAGAAAGAACAGAGGCAUAUGACUUCCAAGCGGCUUUGCAUGACCAUAUGAAAUACCUGGACAAGAAGAAAACUGCUGAAGAGAUGGAACAACAUUUUCAGCAUACAUCCUCUGCUGACUAUAGUUUGAAAGAAGGGGAAACCCUCGUGCUUCAGUUAAAAACUAAAAGUGGCCGCAGCACAAAGUCAAAGUUUUGUGAGCAGGAAAUGAGCAAUCUCUCGUUGGAAGAGAAGGGUGACCGCAAAGAGCCUGUAAUUAGUAUCAAACCACCACCACCUCCUCCAGGACCACUUUCUCCCGCUGCCGCACAAGAUUCUCCGUCCAAAGUGCCAGCGGAAGACAGUGCACCAGAUGCAAGCAAGGAAGGCUCUAUAGAACAACGUCCUCUUGAGAACAAACUAGAUAUACCAGAUGACGAUUUCGGGGAUUUUCAAGCGGCAGGCUGAUGCCUAUUCUUUAUAAUCAUACGCGGCUGAGUUUUUUCAUUUUCUUUGUUUGUAUCAACGUCCAUACAAGAAAGAACUCAAUGUCCAAUGUGUCUGCAUUAUUGUGACAAACUUGCAAAGGUUAGACAUGGUUCGGCAGAAACAAUAGAGGACAAAGAAUGUAUUGGUAUGGUUGAUAUGGAUUUCAAAAAAAAAUUAUUUUAAUUAUUUCAUUAUGUGAUUUCUAUUCAUAACA